UUACAAUUCUAAACCGUACGGAAUGUUGAACUAUUGGACAAUUUAUUCAUUGAGUUGUCUAUAUUUCUCUCUGAUAUAGUGAUAUCAUUUGUCAAUAGACUACGCACUGAAGGUAAAGAAAGAUUAAUUCAUAAAUUGUGUUAGAUUUGUAAGUAAACUAUUUACAAUGCCAGCUGUUAAGGAUAAGAUUACGGCGAAAAUUAACGGAAAGAAAGUGGUGAUUUUUUCCAAGUCGACCUGUCCGUACUGCAAAAUGGCGAAGGACGUACUAAAGACAUACAACCUGUCAAAGGACGACUACGAGGUUUUAGAGAUCAAUAACGACCCUGACGGUGCCGCCAUACAGGCGGAACUUAAGAAAAUAACCAGGAUCUCGACAGUCCCGCAAGUGUUCGUCAACGGGAAGUGUAUCGGCGGUGGUGACGAUACGACAAAAGCCCACAAGAAUGGCUCACUGCAGAAGAUGAUCGAUGCUCCACGUCCGUGAAAAUAAUCUUCAGUCAUUGUAGUGAUUAGUUUCUAUCGUUACCUAGUGUAACUUUAAUUCUCUAAAGCAUUGAUUUAUUGCGUUUUGUGAUUGACGAACAAAGGCAUUUUCAUAAGUUCUACCACUUUCAUGAGGUCUCUGGCGGCUUAUGUUGUAUAUUACAGUCACUACAUAAUGUGCACACAUCUAUAUACACACUGAAUUUAUAUUUUAUAACUUGUUCCUUUCAAUUCAUCUUUGUAUUUUAAUAAACGUUGCAUAUCGUCGAA